UAUCAUAUAUGUGCCCCGCCACCGUGUACAUGUGCAAGCGCCUUUGGAGCAAUCAAACUCCAACCUCACGACGGUUAGCUUGUGACGUCACUACACAGGAGGGUCAGCGUCUCUCCAGUCCCGUAAAGCAGGGAAAAGACGCGCACAACAAAGUGUGUGGGCGUAUGUGUGCCGCAGCUUGCCCGCGUGCCUGAGCCGGAAGUGCAGGGUUCCUUUGUCGUGCCCACGCGUACACAGCAGUCGGUCCCAUGUAGCCGCGGCGACGGUGAGAUUAGCUAAACGAGCGCGACGGUAAUCACGAGUGCUGGGCUUGCUUUCUUCAAACAAAAUGGCGCCCCAACAUGUGGGCGGGAAAAACAGCUGCGCUUUUACACCAGUCUUUAAGGUACCUCCGGAGCACAGCGUGCACAGCCGCAGACUACACUGACCAGCACGAGCGGAGCGGCGCCCACGCAUCCAUCCAGCCAGGCAGCCAGCCAGCCAGCCAGGCAGCCAGCAAGCAGCCCAGCAAGCAGCCAGCCGAGCACUCACUUCACCGACCCCAACUUCGGCCAGGCGGCGCCGCGCUACGCGGGCUGGGCUACUUGGCGAUGAACAAGCCGCUAGCAUGAACGGGGCCGUGUACAUUCCGUUCUUCCAGGGCCAGCUCGAGUCUGUUCUGGAGCAGGUCGUCCAACUCGCCGUCCAAGAGAUUAGCUCGACGGUGGGUUCGAGCCUUAAUGCGCUGCUGCUCGAAGCCACCGUCAAGGAGCAGGAGAACCGCCGCCUCCGGCUCCGCCUUCAGGCGUGGGAGAACCGCGGCCAAGCCCAUAGUGGCACCGCCGAGGUGGUCGGGAAGCAGAAGGCGGGCCGAGCGACGGCCGACGAGAGGCCGGGCGGCAGCAGGACAAAGCCCGAGCAGCCUCACGGCCGCGGGGGGCGCGACGCCGAGCCCUGCGCUCCGAGAGACACCAUCCGUCUGGAGCAGCGAGGACGCGUCCUAGACCAGCUGAAGGCGGUGAUGGAGCAGGUCCUGGACUUCGCCAUGUGCGAGCUGAAGAAGAUUGUGGAAGCCUCGUUUGAUGACCUCCUGCUGGAAAUCACCAAGAAGGAGCACGAGCAGCAGGUGCUGGAGGACAGACUGGACAAGAGGGGGGGAGGAGCCAGAGGCGGAGGACGGCGGGGGUCCGAGAAUGACUCGGUGUCACCCAGCGGGUCCGAGGACGCCCGUGAGGACCCGGCAGCCUUGACCAGUGACCCCGCCCACCAGCCCGACUUACCUGUCUCCCAGGACUGGGUCCCCAUUUUAGACAAGGUCUUUGGACAGAAGUGGUGCAGUGAUGCCUGGCAGGCCAAGGAGUCCUCAGGAGGGGGGGGGGACGGCGAGGGCGACGUGCCGCCGCCUCCUGUUACGUUGGAGACCCUGGAGCCUUCUCCAUCCUCUCCUCAGCAGGACCCCCGUUGGACGCCUCUGGAGGACAUGGAUGUGUUCUCCCCCGAUGAGGACACCGGGGGCGGGACCAAACCCUCCCCUGCCCCCCCACUGAGCCUGGAAGGUCGCCGCUCGUCCGCCUCCAUGUUGCAGCGCCUGCUGACGUUCCCGUCUCAGCUGCUGGACCACGACAACCCGGGUAUGGCCCACAAGGCGUCUCAGGACGUCAAGGACCCCCGUGAUGAUGACGUCAGGCUACCUGACCCCACCUCCUCGUUGACCCCGACGACCAAGCGGCGGCAGCAGGAGGAGGAAGAGGAGGAGAGAAAGAAGAAGAAGAGGCGCCGUAAGGUUUGGUUGCAGUGCGACGACUGUGGCGGCAGGUUCAGUCACGUGACCCCGCUGGGCGCCGUCAGCGACUCCCCAUGGCAGUGUUCAGACUGUGGCCAAAGGUUGGUGUCGACGGGCCGCCCUGAGGAGCGCCAUUGCGGGGCCGAUGGCAACGCGGGAGCGGGCGGCGGUUCAAGAUGAUUGAGGGACCAGCGAUGGUUCCACCGUGGACUUCCUGCUCGUUCCUCGCGUCUGGGAAAAGCCGAAAAUGCGCCGGACUAAAAGACGCGUGACGGCGGCAGCCUGACGACUUACUGUCUGUCGGCAAAGCAACUCCUCCUCUCCAGGAAAUGGAUCCACGCCACUUCCUGCUGGAUUGCUGGGAUCUUAUUUCCUGUUUCCUGCUGUGCUCCUUGUGGUCAUGUGACCUCAGCAGGUCCGUUGAGUGAGGAUGACGAGGAGGAGGAACUUGGCUCCAUUUGUUGUUUGCUCUUGUCACGUUUCCUCUGGACGAUGACGGACCUUGCUAACGUGACGUGACCAAGUAGCUCCAUUCCAUGAAGGACUCGGCCGUUCUUGUCCUUCCGUGUGAGCGCCCCCUUGGACCCCGGCCCCCCACACGUCCCCGUCCCUCACCUGACGUCCAUGCAGACCUUUACCUCAGACCGCUCCAUGGAACGGCUUCUUUGGAGGUUUGAUAGGAGGUUGCUGGUUCAAUUCCUCGCAGACCAAACUGGCCGAGUCAUGAUGCGACCUUUGACCUUGGAUGACACAUCAAAGGGCAGCGUGAACGAAGGGUGUCAAUAAUCCAUAAUAAUAAUCCUAAUCCAUAAUAAACCUGUCAGUCUUCACACGCCGACACACGACAACAUGGACUCGUCUUACCCAGUCUUGUCCUGGUUGACCCGGACCUUUUAGUGGACCCAUGUUGGACAGGGAAGGGAAGCUUCUAUGGGACCAAGAUUCUUUGUCAUGUUUUUCAUGCAAUACCUUUCGUACCUGUCCCUUUUUGUAUUCCAGAGGUUGACCUUGAUACGACCUUUGUGUCUCAGGCCAGUUGAUCUUGACAAUAAUGUGUCCUGUAUGACGACCUUUGCAUAGUGUCGAUGGCAAGAUGAAUAAAUGUUGCUUGUCUUUUCCCUGAUCGGGUCCCCCAGCAGAAAAAGGACGGGUGGGACUUGUGAUGCUUUCCCACGUUUCUGGCUUAUAAAUGGAGUGGGAAUGUUGUAUUCUGCUGUUAAACCAUUCCAAAGUU